AUGCCGCACUCGAAUCGGUCUCGCGACGCCCGCUGGCGCGCCGUCCGCUCCUCGUGGCGACAACUGCUGCCGCUUGUGGCCAAGCUGCUUGCUGCUUUGUCCGUAGUGAGCUAUCUGUAUUGGAAUAUGAGCGUCAUCACGCAUUUAUCGGUCGUGCCCUCUCUGCGAUCUGAGAGCGCAGGGGGCGUCACCCAGGAACUGCGUGACAGCGUUGCCGCUACUCAAGAGGGCAACGAGAUUGAGAUCGACUUGGAAUCGUGGCUGACGCCAGAGUACUAUCGCAAAGAUGACGGCUGCGACUUCUCGGCGGCUGUGGCCAUGUUCAAGCCGGACGAGCUCGAGCUGAACUGCAAUAACAUCGAUCAACUGGAGGUCGGCGAGUUUAUUGGCAAAGGCUUUUGGAGAGAGGUGUUCAAGACCAAGUGGAAUGGACGGGACGUGGCAGUCAAACGCGUGAAGAAGCAUCUGCUGACUCGACCGGACAUCGUCUAUCGUCACGUGGAAGAGUGCUCGGCCAUCUUUCCGAUACGCAACGAGCCCAACAUCGUGAAGCUCGUGGGCUGGUGUGGGACGACGGUGGUGGUGGACUACGUCCCGCAUCAGCUUGAUACACUACUGUUUGAUUCCGAGGAACCAGUGCCGGUCCGUCGUGCGUUGGAGCUGGCGCGCGAUGCUGCCCUAGGCGUCGCACAGCUGCACAGUGCCCCGGGAGGUCCGUUUGCGCACGCUGAUAUACAAGCUCGCCAGUUCUUAAUUGAUGCGAACGGCACUCUGAGGCUAAACGACUUCAACCGUGUGAAAUAUACUGGACCGCGUCUCGUGAACGGUGUGGCAACCAGUGAAAAGUGUAUGUUUGAGACUUCAGUCGCCAAAGGAAAAUGGCGAUCGCCAGAAGAGUACCAGUUCCUGCCACUUGAUGAAAAACUAGACAUCUACAGCUUGUCACUGGUGCUUUGGUCCCUACGAGCUCGGACGAAGCCAUAUCCAGAUUUUGAGAGAGCGGAGACUUACCGGAAGGUUCCAACAGGUGUGCGACCUCCGCUGGAAGAAAUGAGCGACUACCCUCAACAAAUGCAGGACCUCAUUGUCCGAGGCUGGGAUUCGGAUCCGAAGAAGCGACCGAGCGCCAAGGAAAUGGCAGACGAGAUUGAGCUUAUCUUGAAAAGCUACGACGGCGACAGAUAG